AGCGCGCCGCCGCCAUCUUAGUUGCUGCCGCCGCCUCCAACCAAGCGCUACCCUCGGCGGAGGGGAGGGCGCCCGCGGCCCGAGCGCGCGGCCCAGCGUCGCGGCGGCGGCUCGUCGUACCCCGGACUCGCCGCGGCGCGAAGCAGCCGGCUCCGGGCCGCGAGAGCCCUGCUCGGCGCCCCGCGCUCGUGCCUGCCGCUCCCGCCUCGGGCCGGCCGCGGCGCCCGGGAGCCGGAGCGAUGCUGCGCCGCCCUGCGCCCGCGCUGGCCCCGGCCGCCUGGCUGCUGCUGGCCGGGCUGCUGAGCGGCGGCGGGGUCUGGGCCUCGCGAGUUAACAAGCACAAACCAUGGCUCGAGCCCACCUAUCAUGGCAUAAUCACAGAAAACGAUAAUGCAGUGCUUCUUGACCCUCCUCUGAUUGCCCUGGAUAAAGACGCACCUCUGCGAUUCGCAGAGAGUUUUGAGGUGACAGUCACCAAAGAAGGUGAGAUCUGUGGAUUUAAAAUUCACGGGCAGAAUGUCCCCUUUGAUGCAGUGGUAGUGGAUAAGUCCACUGGCGAGGGAAUCAUUCGCUCAAAAGAGAAACUGGACUGUGAGCUGCAGAAAGACUACACAUUCACCAUCCAGGCCUAUGACUGCGGCAAGGGGCCGGACGGCACCAACAUAAAAAAGUCUCAUAAGGCAACUGUCCAUAUUCAGGUGAACGAUGUGAACGAAUACGCACCGGUGUUCAAGGAGAAGUCCUACAAGGCGACUGUCAUCGAGGGCAAACAGUAUGACAGCAUCUUGCGGGUGGAGGCUGUGGACGCAGAUUGCUCCCCUCAGUUCAGCCAGAUUUGCAGCUAUGAAAUCGUCACUCCAGAUGUGCCGUUCGCCAUCGACAAAGACGGUUAUAUAAAAAACACAGAGAAGCUGAACUACGGGAAGGAGCACCAGUACAAGCUGACAGUCACCGCCUAUGACUGCGGGAAGCGGAGAGCAGCAGAAGAUGUCUUGGUGAAGGUCAGCAUCAAGCCCACCUGCACCCCGGGGUGGCAAGGAUGGAACAACAGGAUCGAGUAUGAGCCUGGCACGGGCACCUUGGCCCUCUUCCCCAGUGUCCACCUGGAGACAUGUGAUGAAUCCGUGGCCUCGGUGCAGGCAACGGUGGAGCUAGAGACCGGCCACAUCGGGAAAGGCUGUGACCGGGACACCUAUUCUGAGAAGUCCCUUCACCAACUGUGUGGUGCUGCGUCUGGCACUGCUGAGCUGCUCCCUUCCCCGAGCGGGUCCUCGAACUGGACUGUGGGCCUCCCCACUGACAAUGGCCAUGACAGUGACCAGGUCUUCGAGUUCAAUGGCACACAAGCAGUGAGGAUCCCAGAUGGCGUUGUCUCGGUCAACCCGAAAGAGCCUUUUACCAUUUCUGUGUGGAUGAGGCACGGCCCUUUUGGCAGGAAGAAGGAGACGAUUCUCUGUAGUUCAGACAAAACAGACAUGAACCGACACCAUUAUUCACUCUAUGUCCACGGCUGCCGGCUUAUUUUCCUCCUCCGCCAGGAUCCUUUGGAAGAGAAGAAGUACAAACCUGCAGAAUUCCACUGGAAGUUGAAUCAGGUCUGUGAUGAGGAGUGGCAUCACUACGUCGUCAAUGUGGAAUUCCCAAGCGUGACUCUCUAUGUGGACGGAGUUUCUCAUGAGCCCUUCUCUGUGACCGAAGAUUACCCGCUUCAUCCAUCCAAGAUCAAAACUCAGCUCGUGGUUGGGGCCUGCUGGCAAGAGUAUCCAGCAUUUGAAAAUGACAAUGAAACCGAGUCUGUGCCUGUGGCCUCUACAGGUGGUGAGCUGCACAUGACCCAGUUUUUCCGAGGUAACCUGGCCGGCCUGACCGUCCGUUCCGGGAAACUCGCUGACAAGAAGGUGAUCGACUGUCUUUAUACCUGCAAAGAAGGGCUGGACCUGCAGGUCCCCGAAGACAGCGGCAGAGGCGUGGAGAUCCAUACGAACCCCAGUCAGUUGGCGUUGACCUUGGAGGGAGAUGACAUCGGGGAGCUGGAUAAGGCCAUGCAGCACGUUGCCUACCUGAACUCCCGGCAGUUCCCCACACCGGGGAUCCGAAGACUCAAAAUCACCAGCACGGUCAAGUGUUUCAACGAGGCCUCCUGCAUCUCCGUGCCCCCGGUGGACGGCUACGUGAUGGUGCUGCAGCCCGAGGAGCCCAAGAUCAGCCUCAGUGGCGUCCACCAUUUCGCUCGAGCGGCUUCUGAAUUUGAAAGCCCAGAAGGGGUUUUCCUUUUCCCUGAGCUUCGGAUCAUCAGCACCAUCACGAGAGAAGUGGAGCCUGAAGGGGAAGGAGAUGCGGACCCCACAGUCCAAGAGUCGCUGGUGUCCGAGGAGAUCGUGCAUGACCUGGAUACCUGUGAGGUCACAGUGGACGGGGACGAGCUGAACCCGGCCCAGGAGAGCCUGGAGGUGGACACGGCCCGCCUGCAGCAGAAGGGCAUUGCAGUGAGCGCCUCCGACCUGGGCAUGGUCUUCACAGGUGUGGACACCAUGGCCAGCUACGAGGAGGCGCUGCGCCUCCUGCGCUAUCGGAACUGGCACACCAGGUCUCUGCUCGACCGGAAGUUCAAGCUCGUCUGCUCGGAGCUGAAUGGCCGCUACGUCAGCAACGAGUUUCAGGUGGAGGUGAACGUCAUCCACACGGCCAACCCCAUGGAGCACGCCAGCCACAUGGCCGCACAGCCCCAGUUUGUCUACCCGGAGCACCAUGCCUUCGUCGACCUCUCGGGUCACAACCUGGCCAGCCCCCAUCCCUUUGCAGUUGUCCCCAGCACCGCCACGGUGGUGAUAGUGGUGUGCGUUAGCUUCCUGGUCUUCAUGAUUAUCCUGGGCGUGUUCCGGAUCCGGGUCGCUCACCAGCGAACCAUGCGGGACCAGGACGCCGGGAAGGAGAACGAGAUGGAUUGGGACGACUCUGCCCUGACCAUCACCGUAAACCCCAUGGAGACGUACGCGGACCAGCACGGCGCCGAGGAGGGGGAGGAGGAGGAGGAGGAGGAGGAGGAGAGCGAGGAGGGCGAGGACGACGACGACAUCACCAGCGCCGAGUCCGAGAGCAGCGAGGACGAGGAGGGCGGGCACGGAGACCCGCGGAACGGGAGCAGGCAGCAGCAGCUGGAGUGGGACGACUCCACCCUCAGCUACUGAGCCGCCCGGCCGCCGCCGCCGCCGCCGCCCUGUGUCCUCCCAGGCCCGAGGGUCCACGGUGUCCAGUCAUUCCGGCCCGGAGGUCCGCGGAGCCUCCCGUCGCCGCCCGCCCGCCUGUGCUUGGCGCGUAGGCCCCCCGCCCUGCACCCAGACCGCCCUUAAGUUAUGUGAGGAGCUGACGCUCGCCGCCCACGGCUCGCUCUGCGCCGCCCCCUCGCGCCUCCAGGAAAGCUGCAGUGAACGGACUCGUUGACAAAGGGUUAAAAUCGCUCACUCCCACCUCGUAAUCUGGUUUUUUUUUUUCCUUUUUUUUUUAAAGGUUUUAUUUUUUCCAAACUAGUGCAUGUAUAAAAUGGCAGGAUGGGGGUUAAUAUGUAGAUGAUGAACUGACUUUUUAAUAUUUUGUAAAUAAAUUGCGAUUCCUCAUGUCCUCCGUGCUAGCGUGACCCAGGACUGGCAUGCAAAGUGAAGCCUGAAACACAGCGUAGGAGACCCCGCGGGCUCCUCCUGCCUCAUCCCCCAGCCCGAGAGGAGAGGGACCUGCCCUGCUCGGGCCUUGCUGGGUGCACCCCCUCGGUGGGUGGGCCAGACAGUGAGGGGGAAUGGACUUGCGCCCACCCCCCAGCUCAGCAGGAGGGCAGCAGGUCGGGACCCCUCUCUGGAGGCUGGACACGGCCAGGUCUUUGCUUUCGGAUUCUACCCAUUUCUGAUCUGGCGGAGGGCUGGGGGUGCCGGGGUCCCUGGCCUCUUUCACACACUCCUCCGAUGACCGGCAGCUCCUUGCGCAGGAAGCUGGACUCCUCGUGCGCAGCCUUGGGUUCAUACCUACUAGAUGUCCGUUGCCCUGCUGGUGAGUGUGCGUACGGACGGUGCAAAGCGUCUGGCCACUUGGUUGGAGACAGAACAGGCCUGAGUGGCCCGUACUCAGGACGUCCGAGGACAGACGCACUGCAAGGACGCCCUGUGGCCGGAAGGCAAAGUGCUAGCUUCCCCCCCACAACAGCCCCAGAGGUAAGCCCCCUCCCCAGGGGUGGGGAGCCCUGCUACUCAGCCUGGUGGGGGAGGAAAAGGAGAGGUCACGUCCCGAGCUAAAACCCCUAUGGCACUUUGUUUUUAAUUUACAUGUAAAAUUUUAGAUUUCUAAAACUGGGGGAAAAUCAUUUUGAGUCCUGUUCUGUGAUCAUGACUGCUAGUCGCGAGGACACUGCGGCUGUCCUGCGUUGUGUGUGGCCGUCCUGCGCGUACUGUCACUGUACCUGCCCCGUGUAGACAAUGAUAGAGGCUGACGCGGACCCCGCGUGGGCCGCUUUCCGGAUGUGUAUAUUGAUGAGGCCAGAACGUGUAUACACUACAAUAAAGUGCUGGUUCUAACCCCAGUGGCAGUGUGUCAGCUUUGGGCCCGGUUUUGUUUUAAUCCUGCAUCCCCUUGCUUUGUUUUUUUGUUUUUUUGUGGUUUCUUUGACCUGAGAACACAACAGAAAAAGGCUUUUCUUUUAGUAUGCUUUUACCUCUCCUGCCAAGGCUUCACAGAGUGCUGGUCUUCAACCCCCAUGGGUUAAGUGUUGAACUCACCUUCCCCAUACAGAACUGUUAAAAGACCAAAAAAAAUAAUAAUAAUAAAAAAAAAAAAAA